ACUAAAGAAAAAUAAUAUUUCGUAGAAUUAAUAAAGAAAUCAAAAAAGUAUUUAUUUAAUAGAUUUCUGCGUUUAGGUUAGGAAUCUGAGAUUACACAUUAACCACCAUGAGGAAAUUAAUGUACCCAGAAUUUUUCAGUUUUGUAAUAAUUCGCCUUUUAUGUAAUUUUACAAAUUUCAAAUCAGUAUACCUACGAUAUAUCGUCAUAAAACAAUUUACAAAAUUUUUAUAUCUGUUAUACGGUUUUGCCUAGGAAAAAAAACAUAUGUAUAUAUAUAUAAACAGUUGAUAAAGAUUUUAAUUAACGAUCGUAUUACUUGUAAAAACAACUGUUCUUUGCAAUCGUAAAAAUUAAACGUUAUUGAUUCAAGAACUUUCCUCGAUGAGUGAAAUCACUCAAUAACGUAAUCAAAUUUUUUAGUAACACACGACUGUUUUUUUGUUUAAUCAGCGUUUGAUUUUCUUAGAAAAUUUUGUUAAAAUGAAAAAUGUUCAUUGAUUGAAUUGUGUCAUCGUUUAAUUAAUUUAUUUUAAAUAUUUUAUCCUGAUGUCAGAUACAUAAUAGUUGCAAUCGUGUCGAACGAAAAAUGGCCGCAAACGUAAGAACAGUGUUUGACAUUUGAUAGUGGGCGUGUAAUUGUAGUACUUGAGUUCUUCCGUGAAUACGGGCAUUGUGUUGUCGGAUUUUGUUUGUAUUAACGCUACGCAUUUGCCUCGGUGUAUAUGAAUGUUUAGGAAAAAUUUAUACAAAAAUGCGAAUUCCUACACGUUCUGCUCCUCGUCCACCUGUAAAUUCAAUAGCACAAAGAAAUGUUAUGUGGAAUAGCACAAAUGAUGUUUACGGUUCUAUGCAACAAUCCAUUCAAAAGAAGAAACCACCUCCUCGACCACCACCACCAAAGUUUAAUCAAAAUCAUUUACAAAUACAGAAGGAUAAAUCAAAGAAACCAGCAAAACCAACAGAACUAUUGAGCAAUCUUUUUGGAAGGAAAAGAAGUGAACAUUUAAGUACAACACAAUUGAAUAGCCAAAUACAAAGUGCAAUAUCACAAUCUGAACAUACAAAUGGAUCAGUUUGUCUAAUAGAUUUUAGUCCACCUGGUUCUCCAACUUUUACAACUCGAUCAAGUAGUGACGGUGUUAGCAUUGAUAGUUUUGGCAGCGAUGGUAAUUCAAAUCCAUCUGUAUUCACAAGUAGUGGAAAUACAUCUCAAACAGAAAGUGCCUUUGAAGAUGAUUUUGAUGUGUUUGGAAUAUCUGCUAAGAAAAUGCCAAAAAAUGACCCUUGGCAAAUUAAUUCGAUGUCAGAUCCAUUUGGACCAUUAGAAGUAACUAAUUACAAUACAGUUGAACCUGUAAAAUCCAUAGGAGAUGCACAGUUCUUUGCUUUCAAUACAAAUAAUCAAAUGUCUUUUAAUCAGACAUGUUCAAAAAUUACUCAGUCAUUGCCUACUAUUAUUCGUGCAAAAGUACCCAAACCACCAGCACCAAAAAUUUCACAAAAAAGAGUAGAGAAUAAAAUUAAUCGUUCAAUUGAGAUAGAGUCCAAUUGUUUUAAUAAAACAGCAGGGUCAUUUACAAAACCAAUAACAUUAGAUUUAACUAAUUCAUGGCCGAACGAGACUAAAGAUAAUUCUUCUCCACCAAUGCCCACAAUACCACCACCUGCGCCACCACCAGAGUAUUUAACAGAAACAAACGAUCUUUCAACGAUCAGUGAAGAACCUUAUGGCAUUGCUCUUUAUGACUUUCCUGUAACGCACGAAGAUGAUUUACCUUUUAACGAAGGUGAUAAAAUAUAUUUGAUUAAAAAAGUUAAUGAUGAUUGGAUGGAAGGCAGGAUAGGAAACCGAAAAGGAAUAUUUCCUAUUAAUUUCAUUGAUAUAAGAGUUCCACUGCCUGGUGUUCCAGAUAAUGUAGUUGUUGCUAUCUAUUCCUUUAAAGGGGAAACAAUAGAAGAUUUAAAGUUUAAUGAAGGUGAUAAAAUCACAGUUUUAUCAAGGAUAUCACAAGAUUGGUUGUACGGUGAAUGUAAAGGUCGGAAAGGGCAGUUUCCAGCAAAUUAUGUGAACAGAAUCCCAUGUAAUAUUCCAUCAUUCAAUUAAUCUGUAUGUAUAUGUUAUAAAUCAAUAGUUUCACAACAAUAUUAUUUUUAAAACGGAAAUCGUGUUUCUUCAAUCAUUAAAUGGCUAAAGGCAAAAGACUGAAAUUUUAUAGAUGAAUCCAUUGCUUUGUAAAUUUUAGUGAAACGAUAUUUCGACCAAUUUUUAAAUCAAAAAUUAAAAAUUAGAAUAUCUGUGCUUAAUUCUCUAUAUUAAAAGAAUAAAAUAAUUAAAGAUUUUCAAUAUUCAAAAAGAGAAAUACAUGAAAUGUUCUUUUUUUACUAUUAUAAAGUUAACUAUCAAAUAUUAAAAUUAUUCAUUAAUAAUGUAAUAUAUAUAUAUUUUUAUACAUUAAAUGCAUGAAGAAAUAUACACGUACAAAGGGAUCAACAUAGAAAUUUGCAUGGUAUUUACAAUAGCUUGAUAAUAAAAGUGUUUGUCUUUUGCAUUGCAGACAAAUAUUUUUCUAUGUAGUGUAAUAUCAAAUUUAAAAACAAUAUUCUCUAUAUAUUUUAAUUUUACUAUACACAAUAAUAAAUUGAUAUACUUGUUCAAGAAACAAUCCUUUAAAAUACAUUUUGUACUUUACUACGUACGUAUAAGUAACAUAUAAAACAAACAAUUAUAUAUUUUUCUACAUGUAUAUAAAAUGUUUCAUACUUACAGCAAUUAAUAUAAAAUUACAGUUAAAUACGUAAUGCUUCAAUUUUUGUAAUAUGUACAUUGUAAUAUCGUACUUUAAAAUGUAUAACAACAAACAGAAAUCUUUGAGUGAUUGCAAUUACGUAUUACAGCUAGAAAUAACAAGAGUUCUAUAUCUAACAAAUGGGUAUAUUUCAUAUUUAUUACAUAUUAAACUGUAUUUCGUUAUAUUCAAAAUCUAUCCUAAUCAGUUACCAAUGUAAAAACGAUGAUAUAACUAUUAAGUAUGUGGUACAUAUAUGGAUACGCAAUUUUGGAAAUAUAUCAUUUUAAUAUUCCGGAUACUUAAGUUUUCAUAUACAUUAAUGUAAAUACUUAAUUACAUGUUUACAAAUUUAAUUUGUGCAUAACUUGUGAAUUAUUUAAAAUAUUUCUUAAAGAUACGUAUGUAUGAAAGUGUAUGUAUGCGUGUAUAUAAAUAGGUACUUUUCAAUUGUACUAUCUACUAGAUUGUUAUAAAAUUAACGAAAAUGACAAAAAAUUUCAAUUGCAGUAUUAAUAACAAUUUAAUUAAUUCUACGAUUUAUAUUGGAAUCAGAUGGAAUUCGAUUUCAAAAUUAAUAAAUUAAAAACUGAAAUUUUUCAAUUAUUCUUUAAGAUGCAUUGUUAAUUAAUUUUAUAAUAUGCGUAAAAUGAUUUAUUUAAUGUGAUAACAUUAAAGAUGUCAUGAUUGUAUAAAUUUUAAAUUCUUCCUUAGUUUGCAAAAACAAGUAAUGAUAAUAAUUUAUAUGUAGAAUAAAAAUGUGUGCAUAUGGAAAAAGUAUUUUGUUAUCUUUAAUGCUAACAGUCUUUAAAAAAAAAAAAAUUAAUACUAAUUGUAAGUAUUCGUAACAUGAUAUUAUACGCAGAAAUACUAUCAGCAAUUCUUUGCUCGUUAAGCGUGAUAGCUCUUGUCAACAAUAAUUGAUGACUGUACUGAUUUUAAAUGUGUAGAAUAUUUGUAAUAAAAUAUACAUUUGUUAAUGUAUUCGGAAUAUACUGAAAAUACAUUAGUGCCGUACUAAACGUCCAAGAAUGGGACUGUUAUCCAGAGAGCAGAUGCCGGUUAAAUUUAUUUACUUAAAAUUUUAGAUAUUUAACACUGACAUGGAUUAUUCCACAAUAUCAGUUCCAAGAAUUGGUGGAGAUAGCGAUGGACUGUUAACCGGACGCAAUCCUGGACCAUUAGCGAGACACCAUUGUAUUACGUCUUUGUAACGACUUAGAGUCUGUAUCACAGCCUUUUUAAAUUUUUCACCUGUUAAGUAGUAUAAAAAGAAAUUAACUGCAAAAUUCCAGUGGUAUACGUGAAAACAUAAGCCACGACACCAUUUCAACAACAUUUUCUCUUUCAACCUGAAAGAGUCGGAUAUUAGAAAUAAAUAAAUAUAAUAGCAGGAAAUUUAAUCAGGAUAAUAUCCCAAUAGAGUUCCAAAGUUUCAACUAUGCCAAGGGGUAACAGUAAUAUUAAAUAAACGGUUGACACAACAAGUAACGUUCUGGAAAAUUCUAGUUAGACGAAUUACUUACGAGUUAACUGACAAUGAAUUUUCUCAGUUUUCUUCAUGUGUAAGAUAAGUAAAACAUUUCCAAUAAAUAUGAAAAGUAAUGGCAA